AUGGAUGAGACUUGUGUCAAUCACCAUGAUCCUAAAUCAAAACAGGAGGCUAAAGAGUGGUUUGAACCUGGCUCUUCGGCUCCAAAACGAAAGCUAUUCAAAUUAUCGAGUAUUAGCUGUCUCUCCCUGGAUGAGAGUUUCAUCAUAUUUGAAACUUGUCGCCUGAAAGCAGUGAAACGUGACACAGCUGAGCUAUCGAUUUAUGCGAAAUUGUUCCAGUUGCCUGUUACGAAUGUUAAGCUCGGCGUAGCGUUGAGGAAACGCAACGACUAUGUGAAUCCCCCGCUUUAUGAGUAUCAGAUCGACGGCUGUGCUUUUUUUCGCAAUAAGCGGCGAAAUCCAUUGGCUGAGCUAUUUUAUAGCUUUUUGGGUCUUAAAACACACAGCAAUAUAAAUCACUCAUGUCCUUAUGAUCACGACAUAAUUUUAGAUCGUUUUGUGCUCAAUCAAAAUUUUGCGUCUGUGGUUCCAUUGCCUGUGGGAUCUUACUUAAUUUCAACAAAUUGGCAGAUAGAUGCAGUGGUGCGCGCUAAUGUUUCUCUCGGCUUGGAGGCUUUGGAUAAAAACUGA